ACAAAAUAAGGUCCUCUGACGGAGUGUGUGUUCCCUGUUCCCUCGCUGCACGCUGCUCGAUGUUUCCAGUCAUCAUUGAUAAGAAAUAAGAAUCGAGGGAAGAAUCAAUUUGAUUUGAAUUGAGACGAUUACAACAAGUUACAACGAUAAAAAGUGCUUAAUUUUAGUUUAUGAAAACUGGGAACUACGUAGUAACAAUUUCUCCAGAAUCAUGGCACAUUUGAUUCAAACUGUGGAUGUGAACCAGGUGGAGAAAACACUCUUCAAACACUUGAACGAUCUAAGGAUGGAAAACUUAUUUUGCGAUGUACGGUUCAACGUCAAUGGUACCAUCAUGCCUUGUCAUCGAGUAGUUUUGUCCGCUAUAUCUCCUUACUUCAGAACCAUGUUUAAUGGAAAUUUCAAGGAAAGCAAUUCCGAUACAGUUACGAUGAACGAUAUUGAAACCGAAACAUUUGAAGAAAUUCUGAACGCUAUGUACACAGGUAGUAUUCGUUUUCGUCCGGGUAAUGCGUAUUUCAUUCUAAAAGCUAGUCACUUAUUUCAACUAGAGAUGAUAGAAAACGCUUGUGUCUCUUAUAUCAUGAAAAAUACAGAAAUCAACUUCUUAAUUGAGACCUGCGUAUUCGCCCGGAAUAUUCAACUUAAUAGAUUAUAUUCGAAGUGUAGCGUGACAAUAACCAACAAUAUGAUCGAGUAUGGAAAGACUAAUUCUUUCAAAAAAAUUCCACUUGAUGUUUUCGUAAAAAUUCUCAAUUAUUUGGGUAUGGCUAUUAAGCUAAAGCAAAGCGAAGAAGAACCCGUACUUUUGUUGAUAAUGAAAUGGAGUAAACAUAACAAUGCCAGUCGUGAAGACAUAGAAAAAAUUUUAGAUGCACCUUAUUUAAAAUCGACCAGAUUAAUCAGUCCCUCGGUCAUGUCUCAAUUAUUGGUUUGUAGUGACGAUAAACCAAUGAAUGACGCGAGCGGAGGCAUUCAAGAAUUGCAUGAUAAUGAUUUUAAUUUACCCUUGAAUUUAUAUCUGAACGCCAUCGACGUAGAAACUGGCCAGAGAGGAUGGGUUGUUUUAAAACUGAACGGUAGUUUGGAUAAAUAUGUUCUAUCAUCAUAUCAUCCGACUAGUGCUGAGAAAAAAAAAAUUUGUAGAAUUGGAACGAAGUUGUAUUGCUUUGAAAUUUUCGAAAACGAUGAAGAGGAGGUAAUGAAUUUUUUCUCGUAUGACGAGAAAGAUGAUACCAGAAUUCAUCUCCCUACGCUGCCGGAAGAGUCGGAAAUAACUGAUGACUUUGAAAUAGCAGCUGAGGAAACAUCGAUAUAUCUUAUGAUAAGGAAUCCAUCCUUCUCCGUUUGGCGUUAUGAUUGUGAGACAAAUACUUGGAAUAAUGUACUGAAAAAAAAUGAACACGAAGAGAUUUAUCGCAACAUUUCCGCUUAUACUUUUUCAAGAGGCAGUCUUUACAUCAUUGCACAGGAAGAAAUGUCUUCAAAGUAUUGUUCAAAUUAUAUAUUCUCAAUUACUCCUGCACACGCCACUUCAGUCGUUAAGAAAUUAACAACAGUAUCAUUAUAUGGGAUCUCAUUAGACAAUUUGUACUUCAGUGUAUUUGAUGGUAAAAUUGUGUUGUCAACAGUAUGUGGGUUAGAAGUUAUCUGUAAAAAAAAUCCUUUCCAGAUUUUUGAUCUAGCCAACUGUCAAUGGUUAAGUGGUUUGAAGAAAAUGAAAAGUCGUCAUGAAAAUUUCCACCUUUUUCACUAUGAUGGCUCUGUGUAUUUGUUGGAGAACGAUCGACCUUUGAUUCCGAAUGAAAAAUAUGAUUUGUCUUCCGGUGAGUGGAUUGAUUUACCAUGCUUACCAAAACGAAUUACAAUUCCAAAUACGAGUCAGGUUCUGGCCACAGGAAAAGUAUUUGGUGCUGAUGUAAAUCAGUGAUUAAUUGUUCCUUUGAGAUAUUGGAUUUAUCUGUAUCUGUUUUAUUUGAUUCGGAUUCUGUUCUAAUUUUGAAAUGUAUAACUAUGUCAUAUUGUGUUUAUUUCGGUAUAAUAGUUCAUUUGUAAAUAGUAGGCUAAGCGCUCUUGUAUUCUUGCGAAUGUUUGAUAUUUCUCAAAGGUGAUGCUUAUUUUGGAAAAUAGAAAAUAAAUGUUAGAAAAUUUGUUAA